GGGAGGCGGUUGCUGCUGCUGGGCAGAAGGGAGUCGUGCAAGAGCUGCGGCUGCACUCGGACGCCACAUUCCCUCUUUACGGGACUGGUGGUGAGGAUGAGCGAGAGCUGACCCUGCCGCUGCCGCCGCCUGUGCUGUGAAGUGUCUGCUCCUCCCCCUCCUCCUCCCCUGCUGUGGGUGAACCUGCGCUACGGGCUCUUCACCGACACGGCAGGGGUUGGUUUGUUUGUGUAUUUGUUUAAGGCAAGGAGAGAGAAAGAGAUCUUCCACCCGCUGAAGCACAGUUCACUAUGAUCGUACUCGCAUCCAGCACUGGAAGCCGGUUGGAUUUCGUGUCUCAGUCCAGGGUGUUUUUCUUGCAAACCUUCCUUUGGAUUUUAUGUGCUACAGUGUGCAAAGCGGAGCAGUAUUUCAAUGUGGAGGUAUGGUUACAAAAGUAUGGCUACCUUCCACCAACUGACCCCCGAAUGUCGGUGUUGCGCUCUGCAGAAACCAUGCAAUCAGCUAUAGCUGCCAUGCAGCAGUUCUAUGGCAUUAAUAUGACAGGAAAAGUGGACAGGAACACAAUUGACUGGAUGAAGAAGCCUCGAUGUGGUGUGCCUGACCAAACAAGAGGUAGCUCCAAAUUUAACGUUCGUCGGAAACGCUAUGCGUUAACAGGACAGAAGUGGCAACACAAACAUAUCACUUACAGCAUAAAGAACGUCACUCCAAAAGUAGGUGAUGCUGAAACUCGUAAAGCCAUUCGCCGUGCCUUCGAUGUGUGGCAGAAUGUAACUCCUCUAACAUUUGAAGAAGUUCCUUAUAUUGAGUUAGAAAAUGGCAAGAGGGACGUGGAUAUUACAAUCAUUUUUGCAUCAGGUUUUCAUGGAGACAGUUCUCCCUUUGAUGGGGAGGGAGGAUUUUUGGCUCAUGCAUAUUUCCCUGGGCCAGGAAUUGGGGGAGACACUCAUUUUGACUCAGAUGAGCCAUGGACUUUGGGAAAUCCUAAUCAUGAUGGAAAUGAUCUGUUUCUAGUUGCAGUGCAUGAACUGGGACAUGCUCUGGGCUUGGAGCACUCUAAUGAUCCCACUGCAAUCAUGGCUCCAUUUUAUCAAUAUAUGGAAACUGACAACUUCAAAUUACCUAAUGAUGAUUUACAAGGCAUCCAGAAGAUAUACGGUCCACCUGACAGGAUUCCCCCACCAACAAGACCUCUGCCAACAGUGCCCCCACAUCGUUCAAUCCCUCCAGCAGACCCACGGAAGAAUGACAGGCAACCUAAACCUCCCCGGCCACCCUCUGGUGACAAACCUUCCUAUCCCGGAGCCAAGCCUAACAUCUGUGAUGGGAACUUCAACACUUUGGCUAUUCUUCGCCGGGAAAUGUUUGUUUUCAAGGAUCAGUGGUUUUGGCGAGUCAGAAACAACAGAGUGAUGGAUGGAUACCCCAUGCAGAUUACCUACUUCUGGAGGGGACUGCCUCCCAGCAUUGAUGCAGUUUAUGAAAACAGUGAGGGGAAUUUUGUCUUCUUUAAAGGUAACAAGUUCUGGGUUUUCAAGGACACUACUCUCCAGCCAGGUUACCCUCAUGAUUUGAUAACUCUUGGAAGCGGAAUUCCUUCCCAUGGCAUUGAUUCAGCAAUUUGGUGGGAAGAUGUUGGGAAAACCUACUUCUUCAAAGGAGAUAGGUACUGGAGGUACAGUGAAGAAAUGAGAUCCAUGGACCCUGGUUAUCCCAAACCAAUCACAAUAUGGAAAGGUAUCCCAGAAUCUCCUCAGGGAGCCUUUGUCCACAAAGAAAAUGGCUUCACAUAUUUCUACAAAGGAAAAGAGUACUGGAAAUUCAAUAACCAGAUGCUCAGGGUGGAACCUGGCUAUCCCAGAUCCAUCCUCAAGGAUUUUAUGGGUUGUGAUGGACCAACAGAUCGAGAUAAAGACCGGCACAGCCCUCAAGAUGACGUUGACAUUGUCAUCAAACUGGACAACACAGCCAGCACUGUGAAAGCCAUAGCCAUCGUCAUUCCCUGCAUCCUGGCCUUGUGCCUCCUUGUCUUGGUUUACACUGUGUUCCAGUUCAAAAGGAAAGGAACACCCCGCCACAUACUGUACUGCAAACGCUCUAUGCAAGAGUGGGUGUGAUGUAGGGUUUUGGUUUUUUUCUUUCCCUCCCAGGAGUUUGUGGUAACUUGAGAUUCAACACAAGAGCUGUUAUGCAGUUUCCUAGCUAGGAGCGGGCACCUAUAUGUCUGAAACAAAGCUGAUCUUUAAAACCCAAGGGGUUGCCUGUCCUGCGCAUGAGUGGUGAUUCGCUCAGCUGGGAAGCUUCCAUGAUACACAGUAUCUGCUGUUUCUUCGGUCCUUUGUCUUUCUUUGUCAUUCAAUUCUAGGCCUUUCCUCUGCACGCUCAAUGCCCUAUAAACUAUCAGGAUUAACUAACGAAGAGGAAAAACAAAACAAAAAAAUCUCCAAUGUUUCUACAUUUGUCCCUUAAGGCCUGUUCCCCUUUGAAAAAUUUUUUGCUGAAAGUGAAUUUUUUUAGAAAAACACAACAACCCACAACGGAACUUUCAGGAAAGUGAGAAGACCCAAAACAGCUUUGUCUCCAAAGAGGAUUGCUUUCUGUCUGCUACGGAUAAAGUCCUAUACUCCUACUUCCAGUUUUGUUGUCAGGUGGGAGACUCGGAUGACACACAGGACUUCAGACUGUUCGGACAGCCAUUUUCCAACAAACAAGGGGCCAAAAUAUCUGCAAUAUAGUAACAGCCUUAAUAAUACAUUCAUUUUGUGUUUUAUACAGCUGCUCUGGGCUACGUCCUCAAUGUUUUAAACUCAUUUAUAUUCAUAACUAUAUUCAAGCAGAACCUUUUUAUUGGUUUGUUUGAUUUUUGGUUGGUUUUCCUGCAUAAUCUUUCCCAAGCUGUACCAAGACAACUGCCCCAGGCCUUUCAUAGGUCUGUCGGGAGCACUCAUUCCAAAGCAUGGUAAAAAGCAGUGUGUCUCUGAAGUGGAUUUCAAUGAACUAAAGCAACAGUCAUGCUGUCGAGAAACUUGACACUGGUAUUACAUUGGUGGUGUAACCCUUUGAGAACUAUUGCAUCCAUUUUCAGAGUCUGGUGGAUGUUAAUCUUGGUUGUCAUUAAAUUAUAGGAUUGUGUUUGGGUAAUACAGGUUUUUAAAGAAAAUCAGUUUUUCAAAACAGAUUUCCUGUGAGUGCAAGUGAGUGCUUUUAAUUAUUUGCAUUAUUGAUAGAAAAAGCAUCUGUAUCAUAAAUAGAAAACAAAAUAUAUUUACCAGCUACUUUCUGGUUCAAGGAACCAAACCUAUUUUAGUAACUUCUACCACUUACCAAGAUUUUUUCUGAACUGGCAACAGUUUUAUAGCUUCGCCUCUUAUCUUAAGCAUCUUGAAUUUCUCUUUUAAACUAUGUUGCAUGAUAAUUCAAUUUGCCUCCACAGAGGUAGAGUUACAAUUUCAAAGGAAGGCUAAAAUGAUGGCUCUGAUAUUGCAUGAGUAUCCUCUGGUGUGUUACCCCUUUGCAUGUUCAUCAUAGUUCUCAAAGGGUUAGUCAAAUUUCUGGCCUUCAGCCAAACAUGAUAUCACUGACAAAGCCGAGGGACCACCAAAGCAUUUUGUCAUUCUGUGUAUUUUGUGCUAACAGCAGUAUUGUCAUUUUCAUGUGACCUGCAGAGCAGGUUUAUAUCAAUAUUUUUUUCCUAGAGAAAAGUCAGCAACUGACAGACCUCUUUGGUUUUAGGAGCUGCUUCUUGCAGUGAUAGGCUUUACAGUCACUGGGCUGUGAACUUAUUAGAGGUGGUCAGAAUGAUGCACCCCAAAAGUCAGACACCUGGUUUUUUAUGAAAGCCAGGAUUUGAGGGGAGUAGCUUUUGCAACAACGAACAGCUUGCCUUCAACUUGAUUAUUGACCUGUUGACUGUCAUUACCAAGUUAAACAUUGUCUUCUGUGAACAGCUUCACUGUCUGAAUUUCCUUAAAGUGUACUGUCCUAUGUCUUUGAUCUUUGACCUUUAACUUGCAAACUGGCACAAACUGAAGGGAAUCUGGUGUUGCAAAUGGACUAAGACAAGUUUUAUUUCUUAAAAGGCCUGAUACACAUAAUCCAAAAAUCAAGAAAAAAAAAGUUGAAGUGUUUUCAUAGAAAAGAAUGGACAUAAACCUAAAUAUUUAUGAUAGAUCUGUAGAAGGGUAUUUUGCUAUGUAUACAUGCACACUCUAAAAAUGAACUACGGUAGAAGUUAAUUUUUAUUUAACUUGAAUACAAUUUUCAGUAUAAAAUUAUCAUUUCUACAAAUAGCUAAUUAUUAAUGAAAAGGUUAUAGGAAAAUAUUAAAAUACUUGAAAUGGCCAGUAUGGACUUUUACAUAAAAUGAAACUUUUGUACUACAUUCAACCAAUUUCUUACUGGUUUCUUAAUCCACAUAACUGGAUCACUUUUUAGAGAGUGUAGGUAUAUAUAGAUAUAUAUUAUUGUUAUUAUUAUUUUGGUAAUGGAUAGCUUGACUGCCUUGAAUUUAUAUUUAUAUUGAGCAUAGCAUGAAAAAUAGUAUGCCUUUUUGUUCAAUUACAUGGUUUUAUAUUGAUUUGAGGACUUAUUUUAUGAACAUAUGUGGCAUGCUAUAAAGCAUUGCAAACGUAUUUCUUAGAGCAUAAACAGAUAUACAUAUGUACGGCUAACAAAAAUGAAGAUUAGAAAAAGAGAUAGUUUUACAACAAAUAUGCAAUGCAGAUGGCAUUUUGGAGAUGUUUUGUAGAGGUACUUCAUACUGUAGGUUAGAAGUGCACCAGUAUCAGCCCAUAGCAUUAUUUAGUAAAUCCAACUCAGUUGUUGCUGAAAAUAUAGAUUAAUUGACAGUUUAAGUAACGUCGCAUAUUUACUACACAUCAGCUCAUUUGGUGAAUUUGGAAUACUAUGCCUGUUUGUCAUAUAUAUUAAAAUGUGUGUGUGUGUGUUUGUAUACUUGUAAACACACACAAACACACACAUACACGUACAUACAUAUUUUAAUCCACGGAGAAGUUUUUAUUGUCAACAAACUACUCUAACUUAUGCUACAAACAGAACAAAAUGAUUCAUGUUACUGUUCCAAUUUUGUCCCUUGCAUAGUUGGUGGAAAAUACUAACAGCACUAGUUAUUCUGUAUUUGAUUUUCCUCUACAAUGGGAGAACUUAUGUUACAUUAUCUUUAAGUCAAAACAGCAUCUCAUCUGUUUUUUUAUUGACUUGAAAAUUUCACUUCAAUUUUGAAAUAACUUUCAUGGCAGCUUUAACUUUUUGUGCAACUGUUUCCUUGACAGUAAUGAAGUGCUGAGCAUGUCAACUGUUGUUCUUUGAUAAGGUAACAAAAAUGUUUGUAUUUGGAGAAUUUAACUUUAAUUAUGCAGGAAGGUAAGUGUAAUAAGUCUAGUGCUUGGUAUAUGUACAUCAUAGAUACAUGAAUACAUGAUAAGUUGAUUGAUCUAUUUUCUUUUACUUAAAAGUGCAUAUAUGUUAUAUACAGAGAAAGAGAGAAAAAAUAAUACUAUAUUGGCAUGUUUAUGUCAUGCAAAGAAAGAUUGUGUCAGCAUUUCUAUUACAUAAUCUUAUUUUCAGUAGGCUAUAACAGAGUCAUAAAGGUUUGCUUUAAGUAAAAGAUGUAGGAGCAACUGUUUUCACUGUAAUUCCCAAAUACAUACUGGCUAGUUUCAAAUAACUUCAGAGUAAAUUAGUGAUGUUGUCUGAUCUAGUUUUGAACUCAAAUGAGUAAAAGUUCUACGACAAUGUUAUUUUUAGAACAGUUGUUUUUCUACCAGGGCCUAUAAUUAUGAGAGUUAAGAAAAAACAAAUUGAAAUUAUUUUCAGUUCUGCAAUCUGGGUUCCUGCUCAUGUGCCGUAACCUUUUUCGUAAAGUUUUUAAUAAACAUUUCCAUAUUGCUAUUGUCAUGAUCUCAACUGUGGAACAAUACAAAACUGAAUAUGUAUUGCGUUAAUCAGUUACAGUCUAUCAAGCUGACUAUACAGGGUCGUGUAUUUUCAGAGUACUAUAUGGUCUGUAUGAUGCAGGAGGCCAAAGUAGAUGAUGGCAGUGUUUCCUCUGGCCUUUUAAUGUAAUGAAAAGGUUAUUGACUAGACAAAAAUUAAUUUUUAUAAAAAAAAAAAAAAAUUAAAAACUAUGUGACUGUAUAUUUGCUGGAUAGGCUGGGAUAGAGAGACUCAAAUGGCUCCAAAGGAGCCCUUUCAAGUCUCCUGAAUAAAUGUAAUACAUAUUUUAUAUAUUCCUAUGAACUUUUGUUCUUUUUCUUCUUUCAAGGUGGGGCAAAGGGAUGGGAUAAUUAAAGAAAGAAAAUGUUUAAGGCUAAUUUUGUGAAUGAAAAUUACAGAAGCUAAUAGAUUCAAACAUAAGGGACAGACUUAAACUUUUUCUUAGAGGUGUACUUCACCUACCCAGUUGCUUGGUCAAGACUUCUGCACCGUUAGCACUGUGGGCUAAGAACAGAGUGUAAGGCUUAAUUAUUGAACUUUCAACUCUUUUUGGGGUCUUACUUCACAAUCUUAGUGUCAGUUAAAUGUAGCUUUUGGUACCAAAUUAUAUAGAAUAAAAUUCUAGCUUGUUGGUUAGAAAAAAGUGCAUAGAAUAGAAAGUAGGUCUGCCUAUAAACAAUGGAAGAAUUACAUUCCUAUUCUAGUUUUUUUUUUCAUUUGAACCAUAGCUAAGGCAAACCUUAAAAAAGACACAUAGCAAACUGAGGAGUGAAUGUUCCAGGCACUGCAUUUUCAAGAAGGUAGAAAUGCAAGCUACCGCACCAUUAGCAGCCUAAAUUUGAGAUAGCACAAGAUCACUGGGCUGAGGAGCAAGGAUAUGACUUCAUGGUCUUGCUCUAUCCUGGCUCCCUUAUCUUCUCACAACACGGCCUAAAUCGUCUUACCAGUUACAUAGGUGAAGCCGUGCACCGUGGCAGUAGGAGAUGUGAAGCAGCCGUUACAGAGCAAUAGCUCUCUUGUCACCUCUUGUUGUUGUCAAGAUUGUCUUUGGACAGCUCUAUUUCCAGAAGUAUAAAUAGGUGACUGCAGCCCUAUGAGCCAUAAGGAAAAUUAUUAUUACCAGUAGAGGGAACAAAUGUCACUGGCCACUUAGGUGUUCACCUAUGCUGUAAAUCAAACAAUACUGUGUGGGAACUAAGGAACAGAUAACCUGUAAUUGAAUACGAUGGUAAGCCGCAACUGAUUCACCAGCACUGCAAUGUUAGGCGUACUUCCUUAGCUUACACUACACAGACUGCAGAUAAACAGUGGUUCACAUAGGACAAGACCAUUUAAACAUAUGUCAGUUACAAAAUCAGGUGUAAAUGAACCAUAUACUCAUAAAAUUGAUGUUUGAUUUAUGCAUGUAAAUCAAUGAAUUAUCUGUCACUGGUCUCAUGAAAAAUGGAAUGUGUGAGUCAAAUCUGUCCAACCCAUUCUUGUGAUUUGCUAUCUGAGAUGACAGAGGCUGAUAGAAAAAGACAUUGUCAUCAGUGCCAUCAAUGCUGAAAAUGUCUGGUAAGCAUCAAAAGCAUACAAUAACUUGCUGCAGACUGGUUCCAUUUGAUGCUUGAUCUAAUGUUAGGCAACAUAAAUUCUGUAUGAUGUGACAUUAUUUGAUGUGUGUAUGUAACUAGGAAAGCCCUAAUCAGGAGGUCAUAUUUUGAAGGGUCAUCAGUAUGUGACCACUGCAAGCAUCUGUUCCUAAAAUCAAAAUGUAUUUCUAAGUAGUAUGUAGGCAGCAUUAAACACAUGCAUCUUAAACAGGUCUUGUUUCCCAGUGCACAUAAGGUUUAGCAUAUCAUCUACAAAUUAUAGUCAGUUUAUUAACGUUUGCAGUUGCAGCUGCCCAUUAUGUCUUUGAGAUAUGGCAUUCUGUGAGGUGUACAUAAAGUACAUUUGCCCUAUAUAAACAGCCUUAAGUACUGCCCACAGUAUAGAUGAAAUAAAUUUUAGAGGCAGAGAAGACGUAAAUGAAGAAAUGCUGAUGUAAACUAGCAUGCUAAAGACAAUUUUCUACACUUGGAUAUGCAUGCAGCACAGUGCUAUGUGCUGUCAUAGUAAAACUACAUAAACAAUGGUCAUUACACUUUCCAGCCAUUUAUGAUGGCACAAAGCUUUCCAGUCCCACAGCUCAGUUUCUUCUGCUUCUGUAGAAUGACAUUGUUCACAGAUGAUAGUUAUAACCACCAUGUAAGCCAAAGCUUUCUAUUUAGUUAAUAGUAAUUUCUACCCUAUGAAAUUGCAUCACAUGCUUUUUAUAACUACAACCUUAAUCUCCUUGGCGAGCUAUAGGCAUAUCUUAAUUCAUAGCCUUUCACGCCCAUGUUGUUGCAGUAAAAUAUAUACUGAACAUUCUCCCCAUCUUGCCAUCUGGUACUAACACAUGGAAUAAUCACUUUCAUUGUGUGCAUACAUGUGUCCUGGUUCAUCCCUUUGCCCAUCCAUCAUUUGGGGAACUGGCUUUCUGGGAAGCUGGGAUAAAAUAACUUCCUAAAGGACCUGGUUAGCCUUUAACAAUUUGAAGAGUUUUCAGUGAAGUAUUAUAUUACUUACAGGCAACAGAACAGUGUAGCUCCACCAGAUGGGCUCACCACUUGCAAAAAGUAGUGUGUUAAAUCAGAAAAUGAUGUUUCUAAUCCAUAUUUCCAUCCUGAUGUGUUGGCACAGUUUAACACCCAGUCUACACACAUAUCCGUAGCUUACAUGGCUGUACGUAAAAGCAUCUGCCUUUUGGAAGGUGAGAGUGCUUAGGCCCAGCAGGUAAUCAGUGUUAACUCAUUUAUAAGGUAUGAACAAAUUUUGAUUUACUUACUAUCAUUUUGCAUCCUCAAAGAAAGUAUUUUUUUCCAUAAUGUAAAAUGAUAAUUUGUAAUAAUUUUUCUCAGUGUUCAUAAUUACAUGAUAUUAUAUAUAGUUCCAAAAGUACUAAUGUACAACUGAUAUAUUCCAGUUGAAACGCACAGCCCCAUAUUUAGGCAUACAAUUAAUUUAAACAAAGAUGCGCAUACCAUGUAUGCUUGUUGUAUGCUUGGCUAUUGCUACAAAAUUGUCAGUGCUCACAUAGUGAUCAUAUCUUAUGGAAGUAACCAUGUUUGAGUCAGUUCCAAGCAGUUUGUUUCUUUGGAUAUAAGUAGAGUUAUAUCGCUUAGGAAAUGGUACAUGUGGUGUAUUCAGAAGACAUCAUCAGCAACCUACAGCGCUGUUUUAAACGAUGUUUUAAAUGAUCAUGACGACUACAAUUCAUACCUGCAGGGCACAGCUGUGGCUUGUAUUUACAUGGUUGUGUUUUACCUCAUAUGAUAAAAUGCUAUGAACUCUGGCCAUGUGUCGCGAGGUACAUGAAAACUAUUAAAAAGUCUUUCAGGAUAGCCAUUGUCAAAAUUCAUACAGCUCACAGAAAUACCUGAGGUGAUUAUACCCAAGAAAAUUUUAUCUU